GGAAUACUACAGAGAGUGAGUAUCCGUUCUGCACUCAUGGGAUUUGUGGUAGUGUAUUAGUUCCGGCACGUACGCUGGAGCGUUGUACGUUACGUAACACAUGUGCUUUUUCUGCAGCUAUUUGAGGAUGCCCCCGCGCUCCUUCGACACGUUAUUGGAACUUCUGAAGCCAAGGAUACAGAAAAGUGACCCAAACUACCGAAAAGCGAUUCCUCCAGAGCACCGGCUAGCGCUAGCUGUCAGGUUCUUGGCUGCAGGAGAGACGCUGCGCUCCUCAUCUUUCAAUUUUCUAUCUGGCCGCUCCACGGCUUGCGUGAUUGUCGCCGAAGUAUGCCAGGCCAUUUGGGACGUCCUCGGGCAGAUUUACGUCGCACGACCGUCAACUCCAGGCGAAUGGCUAAAGGUUGCGAGAGAGUUUGAGGACAAGUGGGACAUGCCACAUUGCCUCGGUGCGAUAGAUGGAAAGCACGUGAAUGUCGAGUGUCCGGCAAACUCUGGAAGCAGAGACCGCAACUACAAAAAUGCGUUCAUCAAGUCACUGCUCGCAUUGAGCGACGCCAACUACAGCUUCCUGUACGUUGAAAUCGGCCACCAUGGAAGCGAAUCAGAUGGUGGAAUCUUCAGCAGGAGUAAUCUACAAAUGAAAAUUCUUGACAGCACUCUUGGCCUUCCUGCAUGUGCAAAUCUUGGAAGGAUAGGCGACAUUCCUUAUUUUUUCGUAGGCGAUGAAGCCUUCCCUUUGAAGACUUACAUGAUGAGGCCGUAUUCCAAAAAAAGUCUUCACCCUCUUCUCUCAGGAAGCUCAUCUACAGUGCAACCGUGCUGUGCAGACAGCAGCGCAACCACACAAUUUGAGGAGUUGCAGCAGAAAAGAAUAUUUAAUUACAGGUUAAACAGGGCUCGCAGAGUUGUUGAAAAUGCCUUCGGCAUACUGGCACAGAGAUGGCGGAUCCUUCGCCGGCCUUUCAAGGCAAAGGAAGCUAACAUCAGGAGGAUAGUGUCUGCAUGCGUAGUGCUCCACAACUUCCUUUUGAAGGAAUCACCCGACUCAAAGACCAUGUACUGUCCUCCGGGUACCACCGACACUGAGGACUGGCAAGGCAACCUGACUGAUGGGAGCUGGAGGGCUGAUGGCACAGAUGGUGGAGCUCUGGUCACCUUGCACGGUGCAGGUUGCCACUCGGCCAGGGUUGCUUAUGCCAUUCGCGACAAACUGUCAAGAUAUUUAAUCACAGAUGGCAGGGUGCCAUGGCAGGAGAGCCAUGUGAAAGACUGCAGAUGGUAACAACCGUGCAUGUAAGAUCAUGCUUUAUUCAAUGAACCACUAUGUAACAUGAAAAUUAUUGCAGCAUGAAAUGGAGAAAUGUAAACAAUGUGUGGAUAAACUACAUACUAAUGAGUUUCAUUUCUUUUUUCUCUUGAUUCUUUGAUUUUGCUGUGCACUAAUUCCUGCACAUCAUGCAUUGUGUCGAGUUGCUCGUCAAGCGAUAAAGUGCGCAUCAUGCCAACUAUAGUAAAUGCGAAAUGAUACAGCAUGUCUUUUUGCUGCUCUUUUUGUUCACGUGAUGCUUUCAGAUGGCUGAGGCAUUCAGAUGCCAUGACCAUGCUGGCAGCAGUGUCUUCAGAUGGCCUGCAAGUG